AUGCCAGACUCUCUCGUCAUUCACCUUCAGAACCACACGGAUUCAAACGAGGUAUUUGCCUACAUUACCGGCCUCGCAAUCCAGGCAAAUGGAGCUCGCGUGCUGCUCAAGGCCAAUGGCUGCGACCUAUACUUUCCGCAAAAUCCGACCGACUCCAGCGCGAUUCUCCAGCCGUUGACCGAAGACUGUGCCAUCCCACUCGGCGCGCCUGGUAACACUGUGCGGGUGACGAUCCCACAGAUUGCGGGUGGGCGCAUUUGGUUCAGCCGCGGGCCUCGACGGCUGAUUUUCUUGCUCAACCCUGGCGGUCCUACCGGUCCGGCUCUGGUCGAGCCGUCGGUGCUGAAUCCAACCGAUCCCAAUGCGGCUGUCGACUUUGCCUUUGCCGAGUUUACGCUCAAUUCCGACCAGCUUUUUGCCAACAUCUCAUACGUUGAUUUUGUGUCACGCCUGCCCAUUGCGCUGACGCUGCAACGAGCCGGCGACAUGCAGGCGGUGCAACAUGUCUCGGGCAUGCCAACUAAUGGUCUCAACACGGUGUGCGAUGGCCUGCGUGCACAGGCCAGCCGCGACGGCCGCCCCUGGGAUAAGCUCAUUGUCACAGACCCCGCUGACGCCAGCGGAGGGACACCACUGCGUGCGCUGAGCCCCACGCAUGGCGACGCUGUCGGCGCCUCGUUUACCGGCUACUUUGAGCCGUACGUCGAACAGGUGUGGGCCAAAUAUUCCAGCGGCAGAUCGACGGCGAGCAUAAAUACACAGGCAGCUCCUGGUAUCGUCCGCGGUGCCGUGCGCGGCGACGCCCUCUUUUAUUUUGGUAACGAAGGCUUUGUCAAGCCUACAACAGCCGACAUCCUUGGCUGCAACACUGGGCCGUUUACCACUGGGUCGUCGGCUACGCGCAAUGCAAUCAUUCCGCGCCUAGCCGCUGCCCUGCAGCGUAGCACGUUGUUGGAGGUGGCCGACCAACCGUCUGAACCGAGCACGUUCUACAAGGUAGACCCUACCAACCACUAUUGCCGCAUCGUACACGCGGCCAAUCUGGACGGCAAGGGCUACGCUUUUGCCUACGAUGACGUGCAGCCGGACGGCGGUGCCGACCAAUCGGGCAAGGCUAAUGCUGGCGACCCUGCAUACUUUCUCGUGGCUGUGGGCGGAGGAGCGGCAUAUGCCGGUGACCGGUUGCCUUAG